AUGGGGUACACUGCGCUCUGGAAACGACUGUCGCCACGCCAGCUAAACUUUGCCAUCCAUGCAUUUUCCUUGAUCUCCAUAUUUUUCGAGGGUUACGAUCAAGGUGUGAUGGGAGGUGUUAAUUCGGCGCCCACCUAUGUCACCGAAGUAGGAAUUGGGAUGUCCGAUGGGACCAUCACAGACACUACUCACGAAGGAGGCAUUGUGAGCGUGUACUAUUUGGGGGCGAUCUUCGGAUGUUUUGCAGGUGGUUGGCUUGCAGACCGGAUUGGACGUAUCAACGGCAUGUUGAUCGGAUCCCUGUUUGCCUUGGUGGGCGGUGCCCUACAGGCAGCUGCCCAAAACUCCAACUUCAUGCUUUGCGCAAGAGUCUGCACGGGGAUUGGCACCGGCGCUUUAACGGGCAUCACGCCAGUGCUGGUAUCUGAGACCUCGACGGCCGACCACAGAGGUGGCUUCCUGGGCUACGUUUUCAUCGCCAACUACCUCGGGAUUUCUGUUGCAUAUUGGAUCUCUUUCGGUCUCUCCUUUGUCAAUAACGGCUACUCUGACGUUCGGUGGCGAUUUCUUCUGGCGUUCCAGUGCUUGCCUGCCUUGAUUCUCGCCGGCUUCAUCAAGACGCUUCCGGACAGCCCUCGUUACCUAGCCUCAGUGGGGAGAAGGGAAGAAACGAAAGAACUUUUGGUCCAUCUGCGCAAGGACACAGCGACGGACGAAGAAAUCGAACGUGAAUACCUGGAGAUUGUGGCGACCUCCCAAGAAAGCCAGCCCAGCUCUCCGAUUCAAUUUGCCAAGAUUUUACUGGGCAGAGGUGGGAGGAAGGGCACGAACUUGGGUCGUCGAGCAUGGCUCUGCGUGUGGCUCCAGAUCAUGGGCUCGUGGACUGGUAUCACGGCUGUCACUGCUUAUUCGCCCACACUCUUGAAACAAGCUGGGUAUAGCACCAUCACGCAGAAUGGUCUUGCUGGAGGUAUCAAUACUAUCGGGAUCAUCGGUACCAUUAUCAGCGCUCAGAUCGUUGACCGGUUAGGUCGACGGGCAUGCCUGAUCGGCGGAGCUGCUUUCCUCUUCGCUGUCAAUUUAAUCGCCGGCGCCGUCUACGAAGGCUCCCUUCAUCAUCCGGAAAAAGCGGCUCAAUAUGCUCCUGGGGCUAUUCUGAUGCUUUUCUUGUUCAACCUUGGUUAUGCGGCUACCUGGGGCACUGUAGCCUUCUUAGUUCCUACCGAAAUCUUCCCAAGUGAGCUGCGAGCGCAAGGGAAUGGGUUCGGUAUUACCGGAUGGGCGAUUGGUGUGGGUAUGACGACACUUGUCAACCCUAUCAUGUUCGAGAGUUUGGCCAGCCGCACAUACUUUCUCUUUGCUGGCCUCAACGUGCUCUGGUCUACCCAGAGACCCGCAACCGUUCCCUCGAAUCCAUUAACGCUCUUUUUCUCCACCGCUAGCCCCUUCUACUGGAAGAUGGAGCAGGCUUAUAGGCUUCAUGGAGAUGUUCUCGCCGAGCACGGGAUUCCCAAAAGUGAGAUCCAUCAUGAUGACGGCAAGACCGACCUGACCUCCGAGGUGCCUGAAUAG